CAAGAAUGGGCAGGAGUGCGUGUUGUGUGCUGUACGAGAGUGUCACGAGUUGGGUCCGUAGCCAGAGAGUUUCAAUAUCGUCACAGAUUUCCAACGAACGUGCAUACAAGUUCCUUUCAUUUAUCGUGUGAGAUCAAAAGAGAAAGAAAGAAAGAGAGAGAGAAAGAGAAAGAAUAACACAAUAUUUAACAACAAUGUCGGCCAUUUUGAAAAUAAUUUCAUUGAAUUUACAUUUACCAAAAGAAAAAUAAAACAAUGUGAAUUACUCUAGAAGAAAAAAAAUUAUCAGAAAAAAGAGAGAAAGAAUUAAACGUGGGCAAGGUUAUGGGCGUGCUCGGAGGAUUCCUAUUCAGUGGUUCUCAUUUCUUCGUCAUUUUGUUAUAUAUCAAAGAAGCUUAUAUCUUCAUACCAGUUUAUUUCGAUGUCGUUGAUUCUUGAUCGAUAUAACGUGGAAAUAGUUGUGACGUAACGCCUGUGUGUGUGUUUCGUCCCUCGAAGAUAUAUCUAUCUAUCUAUCUAUCUCUCUUUUUCUUCCUCUCUCUUUUUAUACAUAUAUAUAAGGAAAAAGGAAACGCGAUAAGAAGGAUGACGCGUAAAUUGAGCAAGUUCUUAAUACUCUUCGACAAUACCAAUCUACUUUACUUUCCUGGUCAUUUUUUAUCCGGUCGUGUGCUUAUCGAGCUUGACGAUGAGGCAUACGUCUCUGGACUGCAUUUUCACGUUGUUGGCGAAGGAGUCGUUCGUGUUCGUAGUCAACGUGCUGAAAGGGUUUACGAUAAAGAGAACUAUAUAGAUUUUCGAAUGAGACUUCUCGGCGAACCGGGCGAAGGACCGUCGCUUCUAUCACCGGGGAUUCACAGUUUUCCUUUCAAAUUGGGUUUACCUUUAGGCUUACCAUCAACCUUCUUAGGCAAACAUGGCUGGGUUCAAUAUUAUUGCAAAGCUGCAUUACGAGAACCAGGUGGAUUGACCCAUAAAAAUCAACAGGUUUUCAUCGUUAUGAAUCCAAUCGAUUUGAAUCUCGAGCCACCGAUUUUAGCGCAACCAGCGAGGCAAGAGAUCGAACAACGCGUUGGUGUAUCAUGUGUCUCGAGUGGUCCGGUUUUAUGUCGAGUAAGUUUAGAUCGUGGCGGAUAUGUACCUGGUGAAACCAUCGGAAUCUCUGCUACCGUCAAUAAUCAUAGCAAGGUUACGAUGAAAUCGACGAAAGCAUCUCUGACCGAAACGAUUCAAUAUCUAUGUCGUGGUAAAGUACUUGCGAGUGAAACUCGAGAACUAGCUAGCGUUUCAAGGGGAAAAAUUCGACCAGGCGAAGGCGAAGAAUGGUUGAACGAACAAAUGUACGUUCCACCAUUACCACCCACUAAUCUGAGAGGGUGUCAUUUGAUCAACGUACUGUAUCAUGUUUAUUUUGUUAUAAGCCCAAAGAGCUUGAACAAGGAGAUAAAACUACAGAUACCGAUUGUACUAGCCACUUAUCCGCUCAGGCAGGAAGGAGCACCGGCAGGUACAGCGCCUUCUAAACGAGGAGCUCAUUAUCCCUCAACGCUGCCAAUUUUUAGACCAUGGCUCGAUGACAAAGCUUUUGAGAUACAGGAAUGAAUGUAUUAAAUACGUUUGAGAUAUCGAAGAAGAUGAAAUACGCUUAUAAUAAUGCUUCGUAAUCUUACCUUUGAAAGACCUGAAUUAUCCAAUUAAUAUUUCUUGAUUCAAACAUUGGAUUUAUUCUAAUGGAAUACUCAAGAUCUUAAUGAAAUAGUUAACUAAUUUUAUUGAAUAUUUAAUUGCAAAAUCCUACUAAAGAUGUUUUAUAUAUUAAUACAUUUUUAAUAUUUUAAAUACUUAAGAUAGUAUUAGGGAUAAAAAUCCGUCCAUUUUCAAAUUUCGAAUAAAAUAGAUUAAGAUAUUUUUUAAAUUGCCUUAUAUUUUAUGUACAGCAGAUAUGAAUUAUAUUGAGAAUAGAAGUGAUGAAAGAAAAAUAAUAUAAUAAAAAAUGUUGACAAAUCAA